UCUAGCCGCUAGGUGUCGCAAUAGUACUGUGGGAGGAAGGAUGAUGUAGGAGAAGAAAUUCUGUUCGAGACGUUCCGUAAAUGUGUGGCGCUAUUUAAUUAGUUAGUUUCUUCACUCUGAUUCGAUCGUCAUUUGUCGUUCUGUUCGCUGUCGGUUUUCUGUUGACGUCAAUGUUAGCAAGAGAAAGAAAAAAGAAUCCCGAAUAACAACAACCAAAAUCAAACGUUUAUAUUAUAUUUCUUCCGAUAACUUCCCGCAUCUAUCCUCAGUCCAGGCUUGUAAUUCUCUCUUGUCCCCAUUUCUCUAUUUUGUUUCUAUAAACAUUCCCCACUGUCUAUUUAACUUAUUCCAUUAGCUGCUCUGCUAAUCGUGUGCAUUUGUUUUCGCUGCCUUUCCAUCAUUCUUUGUUUUUGCUCUUUCUCUCUCUUUCGCAUUACCACUUGCUCUUGUUUAUUCUCCCUACCUCUGUCUUCCACGUUACCUUUUACUGAGACAAUUUUAUCUCCUCAAUCUCCCUACCUCUCUGUCUUCCACACUACCUUUCUAUCUUUAUAUCGUCCUCGUUAUUCUUGUUAUUACCUUUCUGUCUGUCUAUCUUUCUCUAUAUAUUUCUCCAUACAUCUGGUCUUCCUGUCUUAUUCUUCUCCCUCCUUCUGUUUUUAACACAAAUACACACUCUCAUCUCUCACUAGUUUCGUGUCAUCGUGGAUUUACGUACGAUAUAUGUCGUUGUCACUCAUCAACUAUUCUCACUUAAAUACUUUAUUCCAAUAAUAUCAACCACCGAUAAACCUUAUCUCUAUCCGGCUGUGAAACUUUUGGACCUAUCUACACAUACAAUCAAAAACUCUCUCUCUUCCAUCCCAACUCACAACACAUACACAUUUCCAUACAUAUAUACCAUACGCUGACACACGCACACACUUUGCUUUUGAGAGGAGAAGAUUUUCCCGGAGAUUCUGAAACCGACGGCUCGGCGAAGACGCAAGGACGACCGCUAUGUGAGUUGCAGGAUGCCGAGUGGACGUCGAAUUCUGUCCAGAGUACAGACUGCAUCUUCGUCUGCUCACAAAUGUUAUUCUUCCAACAGUUAUUCAGAGGAGAGGGAGAAUGUCAUACCUUUGGUAUCAAUGGUAACUUUACCAAGGCAUGGUUACCUGCCAGAUAUCCCCCGUGAAAACAACUUACUUUUUGAAUUCCUCCUCUACAUGCUUGGAGUACUCAUUCUCUUCCUGCAGUAUGUCAACCUUUAUAAGACAGUCUGGUGGCUACCUCAUUCACAUGCAAACUAUGCUCUGAAUUUCUACCUGAUUGACCCUUAUUUGGUAAGCUUCCUUCUACUGCUCAUGAGUCGACGCCUUGUUUGGUGUUUUGUGCAAGAGGUUUAUGGCUCUAAAAAUAAGAAAAGUGUUCUCUACUGGUUUGUUCAGUUGAUCAAAUUGGUAAUUGUUACAGGAAUCCUAGGGACAUUCUGUUGGUCUGCCUACCAUGUGAUAGUUCGCUAUUCUUUCGUCAACAGUUUAUUUCUGUGCUAUCCGUUGGCAACCUAUCUGAUUCUUUUUGGUUUCACAUUGAAGCCAAUAUUCCAGAAAAACCUUCUCUGGCCAUGCCAAGUUGUCGACAAAUCUGUAUCACCAUCAUCUUCUCAAAAACACAAGAAUUCACAGGAUUCGUCUCACAUUUCUUCUGAAGACAGUGUUCUCUCACACACCUGUACUCUCACCCCUGACAUAGUACGUGAAGAAGUGGAGUGCUUGAAGCUUGAUUUCAACAAUCGAGUCAAGCAGGUCUUGUUCAACUCCAUGUUGACUGCCUACUACAUGGCUUUUGUUCCGCUCUGCUUUGCUCAGCAUGUGCAGAACAAUUGUGACUCCUGUUGGAAUACUUUGUAUUAUGAUACAUAUUGGGUGGGCCAACAUGUCUGCUUGGCUUGGUUGUGUGCAUUUCUUCUGCUUAUUGUCCAUUUCCUUCCUCCACAAUACCUUGAUCUCCUACACAAAUGUGCCCUCCAUUUGGGACGUUGGCAAAAAGUUGAAGGACGUCAUGCCCAUGUACCAUACAACCCUUGGUCUGAAUUGCAAGUCUGGCCUCCUGGGGUAUUAGUUAAACAUGUCAGAGGUUUGUUCCGAGCUGAAGGAAUUAAUAUUACUGCUGAACCUGGUAAUAGUAUGCACAGUCGGUUUUAUUUUCUUUUCCACUGGCCAUUAAGAAUUACCAAUUAUUUGCUGUUUCUGUCUUUCACUUUGGUGAUUUACCAAUUUGUACGGCUUCUCCUCUGUACAGAAUGGAACCACAUUGUAUCACUAGCAUUGAUGCUUUUCUGCUGCGAUUAUACUUUAUUCAAACUCUUCCGCGACCGAGUCAUAUUGACUAGCACAUAUAAAGAUGAGGAAGAGAAGGGCGAUAACUCUCACUAAUCAACACAAUUUGGAAGUGAUAUAAUAUGAAAUAUAAGAAGUCCACUUUAAACAUUGGCCAGUCAUAAAGAAAAUCCUUCUCUGACUCAGUCUUCUUUUUCCCUCCUGGUUAUAAAAAAGCUGUUUGAGGAAGAAAAUAAUUCCAGCAGCUAAAUUGAUUACCAAUUUUUUUCUUUCUUUUCAAACUUUAAAAUAUCUCUUUCCAAGAGAAUUCAAUCCAGUUUCAAACAAAAAGGUUUUGAAAGAGCUUCUGAGGAAAUCAAUACUUUUAACCUUUUAACAGAUUGUUGUGAAAUGUAAAACAGUAUCUUUUCCUUUCUUCCUGCUCUGCUAAAUAAAAUAAAAACCUAAAUAAUAUGUGAUAUAGGGACCAAAAAUAUUUAUAUUUUUUAAUACUUCUUUUAUGAAGAAAUCAAUAAAAGCACUACACUCA